GUCGCGAUGGGUGGAGUGAGUUUUUCUUAUGCACACGUAGACUAAACCAGUACAUCAGUCAGAGAUCACACGUUCAACUGAUUUCAAACCUCCUGGACCUCUCUCGCUCCCACUUUCUUCUUUUUCUUUAAUAAAACCACGGUAAAGGAUGGUGGCCAAGCAGAGGAUUCGCAUGGCGAAUGAGAAACACAGCAAGAACAUCACUCAGAGAGGCAACGUGUCCAAAUCCACGAGGGUCUCUCAAGAAGAGAAGGCAGUUGUGGGACCUUGGCUUCUAGCCUUGUUCGUCUUUGUAGUGUGUGGAUCAGCGAUAUUCCAGAUCAUUCAGAGCAUCAGGAUGGGAAUGUGAGCGGUCUUCAGCAUUGUUACAUCCGUUUGUUCUCUUCUCCCAGCUUUCCUGAAGAUCACUUGAUCAUUCCUCUUUUCCUAUUUAAUCUUGAUCUUUCAUCACAACACAACAGUCUCCUGUGCCUUACUCAAGCUGGAGGAACAUUAUCUUCUGAAACAAUCCAAUGUGGGACUUCUGUCAUUAUUGCUGCUGAAUCCAAGGCAAUAAACUCAAAUGACUGAACUUUUUAUGUUGGGGGGAAAAA